CUUUAAGAGAGUGUCCCAGAAUACUUUGCGUUUGCCAAAGAUAAACAAACCCGGGCUACUGAAACUGAAGCUAAAGUGUGAAUCGGCUGCUACUACUCCGUGUUCAAUACACAUCAACUAAAUACAAGACACAAAGCACACGCUUUUAAGUGUUUUCUUCCUCAAGACUGCAGUUGCACUUGUUCAGAAUAAUCAGCACUUACAGGUACAUGUAACGUUAGCAUCUUGCUAAACAUCGACCAUGCAUUCAUGAUAUUCAGGCGACAUAAUACAUUCAUGAUUUAGCAUUUUAAACAUAUUGCACUGUGAAUUAUGUGCAUAAACUGAUAGAAAGUCCAUAUGAAACCGGUUAUGGUUUGGCAAAAAUAUAUAGCCGCCUAAUAUUCUGUAAUAUUUGUAAUGACAACACGGAAAAGAAAGAAAUCAUUGUUACCUCAAUCCGAGUCUGGCUGCGAUCAGACUGAUGGUGAACCUCUCAAGAGACUCGGUCAGUGUCAAUCUGACACGAACCCUGUGCACGAGCAUCUCAGCCCUUAUUUCUCAACGGGAGAGUCUGUGAGACUGAGCCACAGCUUCUUCAGUCAGCCCUGCGCUGAUCUGGCAAGGGCCUUUCUCGGCAAGGUGUUGGUGAGGAAGCUAACUGAUGGCACUGAGCUCAGAGGAAGGGUUGUGGAAACCGAAGCAUAUUUGGGUGGGGAGGACAAAGCAUCCCACUCAGCAGGAGGAAAACGCACCGAGAGAAACACUGCCAUGUUCAUGAAGCCUGGGACCAUCUACGUCUAUCCCAUCUACGGCAUCUACCUCUGCAUGAACGUCUCCAGCCAAGGGGAGGGAGCGGCGGUGCUUUUGCGCUCGCUGGAGCCUCUGAGCGGUCAGGACGUCAUGAGGGGCCUGCGAGCAGCCAAACGCAAGGCAGGAGCCAAAAUCCUUAAAGAAAAAGAGCUCUGCAAUGGCCCGUCCAAGCUUUGCCAAGCACUAGAUAUACAGCGCUGCUUCGACCGCAGGGAUCUGGCCACUGAUACUGAGGUGUGGCUGGAGAGGGACCCAGAACGAGAGACUGUUUUUGCUGGAGAGAUGGUGUCAGCGCCCCGGAUAGGAGUCGAGUCUCAUGGCGAAUGGGCAACCAAACCGCUUCGCUUCUACUUGAGAGGACACCCGUGUGUGAGCGUGCUAAACAGAGACGCAGAGCGCCAGAUGCAAUCCUCCACUGAUCUUCAUAACACUGAGAUGGAAAGGACAGCCUGAUGAAAUGUUGUUUAGUCAUGGAAUCACUCUUUUAAAAGUUUGUAUGCUCAAAAAUGAAUCAUUUACUCACUAUCAUGUUGCUCUAAAUGUGUGUGAUUUUUUUUUUUUACUCUGUUGAACACCAAAGGAUAUGUUUAGCAGAAUGUCCAAGCUGCUCUUAUCCAUAUAAUUCUAGUUAAUGCUGACUAGGGACUGUCAAGGUUAAAAAAAUAAAUUAAAAAAAGGUGAAAAGCACUCUAAAAGUCAUCUAAAAAUGACUUGUUCUCUAUAUUCUCUGUAAGUCUUCUAACGCAACAAAAAAUGGGAAGUUUAAGUCAUCAUUCACCAAUAAUCUUCUCAUCUUUCCUCACAAAGCUUUCCUAUUGAGAAGAAUAUAACCAAUCUGCUACUGUGCUCGUUUUGUCCAUUUUGGAGCUUGAAAACCCCUGGUGACUAAUUAUUUUCACUGUAUUGUGAACAAAAAGAGCAGGACAAUUACUGGAAGAAAGUCACACGGGUGGCAUGUUACAAGAGUGGGUAAAUAAUUGUCAUUUUUGAGUCAACUAACCUUUUGAGUUUGAGUCUUGUAACAGCAUGUUUUUUUAUUGCAUAUUCCUGUAAUUCCUGGUGCUGUAUUGAUUUUACAGAUGUUUGGAAAACCAUUUGCACUUCAAGGUAAUUGCAACCCCCUUUUCUCUUUCUCUGUUUCUCCACACUCAGUCUCAAUGGCAUGCGGUCUUAUGGUCUGGAAUUACCAUCAUGGCAUGUGUUUUGGGUCUUGUUUGCUUGAGGAGAUGAUUUAUGACAUCAGGGAGCAAUCUCCAAAUAGGAGAUGCUUGCUUAAGCGAUCCAUUUUAUGCCUGUCAGUACAGCUAUAUACAAUAGAUUAUGUGAGACUUACUUCAUAAUCCACUUAUGAAACUCAGCAGGUUGUUAGCAUUUUGCUUUAGCCACUGAUGAUAAGCAAUCACGUCACACCAUCAUCAAACUCACAGUAAGCUGAAUGAUCCAUUUAGUCUGGUGGAGUCUGGAACAGAGAGAUGAUGGGGUCCUCGUGGUUGGUUAUCACUAAGACACUGCGAAACUUAUCGAAUAAAGUUUUCAGCUGCGAGCGA